GGUCACGUUCGAUGAAACCCCUAUUGUGUAUUUUCUGUGACCACCACAAAAGAGAUCUUGAGGCCUCUGAUAUUGAUCAUUAAGACCAAAUACCAACCUGUCAUCAUUGAGAUGUGGAGAGCAAGUUCUGCUGGUUUGAGAUUGUCAAACCAACUUUCCAAAUGUGUAUGUCGCUGCUUGGGUUCGUCAUCUGUCCAGCUAAGCAAGUUUGUAAUAAAAAGUAUAGAUGAGAAAUCAGCAAAGAAAAUGGUGAAUGUUACUUGGCAAGAUGACACUUCAAAUGCAUACCCAUACAUAUAUCUUCGGGACAACUGCCAAUGCCCAGAGUGCUUUUUCAAAGAUUCUAAUCAGCGUCUUGUAGAUGUCGUAAGAGAUGUUGACCUCAAUGUCAGACCCACCAACAUCAAAAUGAGCGAAGAUGGAAGUAAACUUUCAGUUACCUGGCCAGACCAACAUGAAACCACACUUGAUGCUGACUUUCUAUUCAGGAAGCAGCUACCAACUGAAGCAGAGUUAAAACACAGAGUUUGUGAGGAUGUAACCACCAGGAAAGUGAACCUUUGGGGGAGUGAAUUUAAGGACCACUUGCCUCGCAUGAAAUAUCAUGACAUUCUUGAAGAUGAAACAGUGGAGUUUGAAUUUUUAAACAGUCUAUAUCGGUAUGGGUUGGCCCUGGUCACAGACAUGCCAGUUGAAGAUGGGUUGGUGGAAAAGCUAGGAGAGCAAAUAGGUUACUUGAGAAUGACAGCCUAUGGGAAGACAAUAGUGGUAUCAACAAGGCUACAGGCCAACAGUGUUGCCUAUACAAGUUACACAUUGCCUUUACACUCUGAUCUGCCAUACUAUGAAGCCAAACCAGGGAUACAGCUACUGUUUUGCAAGGAACAGACUCCAACUGAAGGAGGAGAAAAUUCCCUGGUUGAUUCAUUCCAUGUUGCUCAACAAUUGAAGAAGGAAGAUCCUGAUGCUUAUGAGUUACUCACCACAACGCAUAUUCUGUUCAGAACAAGUGGAACUGACAUAGUUGGUGAAUAUGAUUUGGAAGGUGCAAGACCACUUCUUGAGUUAGAUCAUCAUGGCAGACUAUUACGAUGCAACCACAAUGAAGGCUGUAGACUGGAGUUUUUGGGUGUGCCAGUAGAAAAAACCCAUGAAAUGUACAAAGCCUACUAUUCUUUAACCAAGCGAUUGAAAGAUCCUAAAAAUAUGUUCCUUCACAAGCUUUCUCCAGGAGAGAUGAUUGUUUUUGAUAAUGAUCGUGUCCUUCAUGGAAGGGAGGGGUACACUCUUUCAGAGGAAGGGGGCAGAUGUUUGGAAUCAGCAUAUAUUGAUUGGGAUGUAGCAAGGUCCAGAUUGAGUGUCUUAGGAAAGAGACUUGGUAAGGGUCCUGUGGCCAGGAUGGACAGUAAACUUAGUGUCACAGGACAGUGGUCUGUGUCAUGAAAUUACCACACGUCAAACAUAUUAAACAAUAAUUAUUUGCUUGAGGUGAAUGGAAUGUUGUGGAUUAGUUCAUGGAACACUUAGGUGGUACAUAGUGCUUCGAUGUGGUUGUGAAGAAUGUUGUGAUUUACUUUCCAACUGAACUGAUUUUGUUAUCCCUAUAACCACCUUGAAUGCAAUUGAGUAUGCCAAAUAUAUUAAAGUAUAUUAAAAUAUUAAAGUUAUGGUAACAGUAUA